AUGCACAACUUGGUUAAAGCAAAUGCUUGGGUAGCACUAAGACUACCUUCAGACAACCUCAAAGUCUUACAAGUUGUUCCAAAUACUCCAAUCUCACUGGGAAAAUAUGGUACAUUUCCGAGCAAUCUUAUAAUUGAUCGUCCCUAUAACCUCAAGUACGAACUUGUCGACCGACAAAAGGAUCAAAAAUACUCGGAUCUGAGGAUUGUACCUGCUUCCGAGAUCCAUGCCGACACCAUAGCAGAAGAAAAUGCAGCAGCGAAUCCAGUUCCGGAUGAAAAUGUAAUAAUUGGAGGGGAUGGGGUCGAAUUCGAACUUGUUGGAGAGAAUGGCGAAGUUAUCAUGCGCUCGAAUCGCGAAACUAUUGAUGACUCUGCCAGACAGACCCUAACUCAAGAGGAAAUUGAAACCUUAAAAAGAGACGGCGCAGCAGCAGGAAAGGAUCUCAUUGCCAAACUAAUGCUAUCGCACACUGCCCUCGACGAAAAGACUUCUUUCUCAUUAGCAAAAUAUAAGCUGUUGAAAACUAGGAAAUACCUGCGGCAAUUCACAAUUCUACCAAUGGAUGUUGCAAUGAUGGAUUACUGGAUGAUGAAAGAGAAAGAUGCUAGCAAGAUCAUGGAAUGCAGAGAUGAAAUGCUGGCUUUGGCUGGAAGCUGGGCAAAUGUACAUUUCUCCGAGGAUCCAGAAAGCGAGCAUACCGAUGACCCUCUCAACACAAGUGGUGGCGGGCGACUAUUAGUUGUGGAUGAGACUGGUGGUUUACUCGUUGCAGCUAUGGCCGAGAGAAUGGGCCUAUUGUACCCAGAAGAAGAUCAAGAUUUACCCACGGAAUUCACAGGGGCGUCAGAAGAAGCCCAAGCUGAUAAAGAACCAGCUCCUCGACACCAGCACGAUCGUCAAUAUCGACCUUAUGCCAGUACUAAUACUUUGACUUUAAUACACACCAACUCUCAACCAAAUCUUUCACUCCUGAAAUAUUUCAAUUUCAAUAUCGAUAGUCCUGCAGCAUCGCACCCUCUGACUAGACGACUCCUACCUAUAUCCUGGCUUCAACUCAUUUCGCCAGAAAGCGAUAGCUUGUAUUCAUUUCCACCUCCUUCAGCAACUCCAGAAGAAUUAUCAAAAUGGAGUUCGGGCAAGAGAGGAACCUAUUUUCGAAAGAAGCGUCGCUGUGAGAGAAUUAGACAUAUAGUGUCGACUACACAGCAUGGCGACUUCACCGGCUUGGUAGUAGCUUCCAACAUGGACCCUAUAUCAAUUAUCCGCCGCACCAUUCAUCUUCUACGACCCAGUGCUACCAUCACCAUCUAUUCUCCCACCAUUGAACCCCUAGUCGCCCUCGCAGAUCUUUACAGUACGAGCAGAAGAACGGCAUUCAUUCAAUCACCCCCAGAAGAGUUAAAGGGACUGUCACAAGCAGAAAUAGCCACAUGGCAAGGAAAUGAAGAUUUCCCUCUGAACCCCUCGCUUAUCUUAAAUACAUCGGUACAGAGCUGCAGAAAACGCGAAUGGCAAGUUCUACCAGGAAGAACUCAUCCUUUGAUGACGAGUAAGGGUGGUGCUGAGGGAUAUCUGUUUACGGGAACGAGAGUUGUUCCUGCGGAGGGAAAAGUAUCGGCCAGAGGAAAGUUUUCGAAAAGACCCAAGGUAGUUGAAGGAGAGAAAACGAGUACGGGAGCUACGGAGGAUAUUGAGGGGAGUGCGAAUAAGAAAAUUAAAUUGGAACCCGGGAGUUUGGAGGUUCAAACGAAUGGUGAACAAGAUGUAAAUAUGGGAAUAUAG